CUCUCUCUCUCUCUCUCUCUCUCUCUCUCUCUCUCUCAUGCACAUAACCCUUUUUGCUCUUUCCUUGUUUAUUUCUCAUGGAAGAAACAGAAGAGUCCAAUAUAGACAGGAAAUUGACACCUAAAGCAAGGAGUUUUAGAGGGAGGACUAAUCCUCAUAACCAUCAGUAUCACCACCAGCUAUUGCAGCACUCAAAUAGGAUUGGAUUUGGUUUUUGUUAUCAGAAUCAAUACCAAACUUACCCAGCUCUCCUUCCUCUACCUCCUACCAUACCUCUGCAACUAACUGCAACUCCACCUCACACUCGAAACCAAUGCCUUAGAUCAAAAACCCAUUCUCAGAAAGAUUCUUGGAAGCAGAACAGCCCUCCUCUGGCCACCUCUUCUGAUACCCAGGUCUCAAAUAUCUCUACCACCCCUGCUCCGGAUGUAAUUCAACAACAGAAAAAUGGCUUACCCUUCAAAGGGAGGAAUGGAAGGAUAGUAAUUGGUACACCACAAUUGCUGGUGGUGGCAAGGAGACCGGAUUCAGGUGGCAUAGAAGGGCCAUCUAUCUCUCUCCUUGCCAAUCAUUUCCUCGUCCAAUUCGACCCUUUGCAACGAAUUUUUCAAUAUGAUGUUGAAAUCUCUCCAAGUCCUUCAAAGGAAAUAGCCCGAAUAAUUAAGCAAAAACUUGUAGAGGAAAACUCAAUCACGCUAUCUGGUGCUCUUCCAGCCUAUGAUGGUCGAAGGAAUCUUUACAGUCCUAUUGAAUUCCAAAAUGACAGGCUUGAAUUUUACAUCAGCCUCCCAAUCCCAACUAGCAAGUCCUUAUUGCCAUUAGGAGAAACCACCAACACACUAGAAAAGCAGCAACAGGUUAAGCUUUUCAGGAUAAACAUCAAACUUGUAUCAAAGCUUGAUGGAAUAGAACUAAGCAGCUACUUGAGUAAGGAAGGAGAUGAUUGUAUUCCUCUUCCUCAAGAUUAUCUCCAUGCCUUGGAUGUUGUUUUGCGUGAAAGUCCAUUAGAGAAGUGCAUACCUGUUGGGCGGUCAAUUUACUCGAGUUCAAUGGGAGGGACUAAAGAAAUUGGAGGAGGAGUUGUUGGACUGAGAGGGUUCUUUCAGAGUCUUAGACCAACACAACAAGGACUUGCUCUCAAUGUGGAUUUCUCGGUGACAGCUUUCCAUGAGAGUAUUGGAGUGAUUACCUACUUGCAAAAGCGACUUGACUUUCUACACGAUCUUCCUCAAAGGAAGGCGAGAAUUUUAAUGAGUGAAGAGAAGAAGGAAGUGGAAAAGGCACUGAAGAACAUCAGAGUCUUUGUUUGUCACAGAGAAACUGUUCAGAGAUAUCGAGUUUAUAGCUUAACCGAGGAUACCACAGAGGAACUCUGGUUUCGAGACAGGGAUGGAGAGAACUUGAGGCUGGUGACCUACUUCAAGAAUCACUAUAAUUAUGAUAUACAGUUCAGGAACUUGCCAUGCUUGCAAAUUAGCAGGAGUAAGCCAUGCUAUCUUCCUAUGGAGCUUUGUAUCAUUUGUGAAGGACAGAAAUUUAUGGGGAAACUCUCGGAUGAUCAGACUGCAAGGAUACUCAAAAUGGGCUGCCAAAGACCAAGAGAACGAAAGGCGAUCAUUGAUGGACUCAUGGCAGGACCAGCUGGACCAACAAGUGGUAAUCAGGGAAAAGAAUUCAAACUUCAUGUUUCCAGAGAAAUGGCACGAUUGAAUGGGAGAAUACUGCAGCCGCCUAAACUUAAGCUUGGGAAUGGUGGUCAUGUAAGGGAUUUAAUUCCUUCUCGUCAAGAUCGCCAGUGGAAUCUUUUGGACAGCCAUGUCUUUGAAGGCACUCUAAUUGAGAGGUGGGCAAUAAUAAGUUUCGGUGGUAAUUCUGAUCAGAAGUCCAACAUUCCCAAAUUCAUAAAUCAGCUAGCUCAAAGGUGUGAUCAAUUGGGCAUCUUUCUCAACAAGAACACCAUUGUUAGCCCCCAAUUUGAACCAAUGCAAGUUCUUAACAAUGUGGCUCUUUUAGAAUCCAAACUGAAGAAAAUCCACAGAGCUGCAUUCAACAAUCUUCAACUGCUCAUAUGUGUCAUGGAGAGAAAACACAAAGGAUAUGCGGAUUUGAAGCGAAUUGCUGAGACUAGUGUUGGGGUUGUGACACAGUGCUGCUUGUACCCGAAUCUUGACAAGUUGAGUUCACAAGUUCUAGCAAAUUUGGCUCUCAAGAUCAAUGCCAAAAUUGGUGGAUGCACCGUUGCUUUGUACAAUUCAUUGCCUUCUCAAAUCCCUCGUCUCCUACAGCAUGAUGAUCCAGUGAUCUUUAUGGGCGCUGAUGUAACUCAUCCUCACCCGCUAGAUGAUUUUAGUCCCUCUGUUGCUGCUGUGGUAGGUAGCAUGAACUGGCCAGCAGCAAACAAGUAUGUUUCAAGGAUGAGGUCCCAAACACAUCGACAAGAGAUCAUCCAAGAUCUUAGUACAAUGGUGGGUGAAAUACUGGAUGAUUUUCACCAGGAACUAUCCAAACUCCCCAAGAGAAUAAUUUUCUUCAGAGAUGGGGUAAGCGAAACACAAUUCUACAAAGUGCUUCAAGAGGAAUUGCAAGCCAUUAGGGUCGCUUGUUCGCGAUAUCCAGGCUACAAACCUCCCAUUACUUUUGCAGUUGUUCAGAAAAGGCACCACACAAGGUUGUUCCCAAAUGAAACCAAUAAUUCAUCCUCAGCUAGAAACCAAUUUGCCAAUGAAAAUAUCCCCCCUGGUACAGUUGUUGAUACUGUGAUCACCCAUCCUAAGGAAUUCGACUUCUAUCUUUGCAGCCAUUGGGGUGUGAAGGGAACGAGCCGGCCAACGCAUUAUCAUGUCUUGUGGGAUGAAAACCAAUUCACUUCUGAUGAGCUGCAAAAGUUGGUUUAUAAUCUUUGUUACACAUUUGUAAGGUGCACUAAGCCUGUUUCUUUGGUGCCACCAGCUUACUAUGCCCACCUUGCUGCAUACAGAGGCAGACUAUACCUUGAUCGUUUGGAUUACAGUUCUCUCACCAGAACUACUCCUAUACUGUCCCGCGCUGCCCCGCCAAAGGCAACUCCUCUGCCUAAACUUAGUGAGAAUGUCAAGAAGCUUAUGUUUUACUGCUGAUUUUCUUGCCAUUAUUGCAUAAAUAUUCUCUCAAGUUAUUAAUCUAUACUCCUUGAAUUUCACAUAGAUGUAGUUGUUCUAUGUUAGUAAUAGUCUUGUUAGAUGAGCCCCUGAGCAGUGUAGCAUUAUGAUAUGCAAAACUUAUUUAUUAUUGUUUCAUUUUAUUUUACUGGUUCACGAUUAAUA